AUGGAGGAAUUGCAGUGCAGCCUCCUUGGGUUCUCCUCCAUAUCCUUGUCCCUCACGACUGACAGUGGUCGCCGGGACGGCAGCAGUGGCGGGCAGCAGAUAUCCACCGUCCUCCAGCAGCUUCACCCGUCGGAGCGGGCGCUGAUUGAGGAUGCGCUGCCUCUUGGCUCGAUGUGCCACAAGCUGCGUCGUGUGACGUCCGAUAUUUCUAUAGGCCGUACGGAGGGAAUGUACCUCGCUGCUAUUGGCGCCGCUAUCGCGGAAGUGCUGCGACGCUAUGAAGAAGACGUAGAAAAGGCGGAAACACCGUCUGCUGUUGCCGAGCUUCGCCCUACGUACUUCACCGCAUUUACACUUCUGACGAAGAUGGUAGAACAGCAGAAGAACACAGACGUUGUCCUCGCCACUGUCCGCACAUUUGUGUCGAACCGAGAGAUUCCACAGGAGUUCCGCAGUUGCCUCGGCGAGGCAGUUUGGAUGGGACUGCUCUACACGAUCGGACACUACAUCGCCCACGGUGUCGUGCUGCACGGCCGUAAGGACUUCUUCAUCUCUGUGAAGUCCAAGGGAGGAAAAGAGGAACACACACUGCACAGCGACCUUCUGCCACACGGCAUGUCGAUGGACCUCGGUAUGCUCAUCCUCUCCGUUGGGAAAGAGCGUCGUGUACUGCUCAGCGAUGCAGAAAGUCACGGCAGAGGGUACCUUGAGCAGCUCGCCAUGGGCACACAGGACGAGGCAGCGAACGCAGUUUUCAGAGCCAUCUACAACCCCUCGCUCUGUGCAGGUGGUGUGCUGGUCGUUGACGAAUUGGAGACGCGUGUCGAGGCAGCUCGUGCACUGUGGUCCAAGGCGCUCUGGGCGAAGGUGGGCGAGCAGACUGCCCUACAGGAGAACCUUGUGGCGCUGCGCGCUAUGUUCCUGUGCCACCGCGGUGAUCUCUGGCACGCCUUCGUGGAGGCGGCGUUCCCGGGCCUCGUCGACAGCGCCGUGUCAAAGUCAACGAUGACAGAGGCCGCCAUUGGGCGUGUGGUGGCGGACGCAUUUGUGUAUGCGUUGGGCGCCUCAGGCUUGGGCGACACGCCCAUCUACGAGCGCUUCACCGCCUUCGUCGUGCUGCCCUUCGAGAUUGAUGGUGGCAGUCUGCGCUCUGUUGAGGACACAGCGCGGACGAUCCUCGGCUGCAUGCGAGGGAUAGUGCUGAACUACGUCCCGCCGCGCGGACUACACCUGGUAGUAUCUGCCAAGGCGAUGGAAUACUACAAGAGGAUCUUCUCCUUUCACAUCGCGCGACGAUUUUCGCUGCAUGCGCUGCAUACCGUGAGGCGGGUUUUUUCGGGGGCGUCAGUCACCAAUAAGCAUCCAUCUUCAGAGCUUCGCCGCACCUUUGCUCUGAUGCAGUUGCUGCUUUUUCUCCAUACCACACUGGGAUACCACCUACAGGUGGAUGUGAUUGUGUUACAAACUGCGGAGCUUGAGAAGUCGAUGGAGAAGUGUAAGAGUGUGCAGGACGCCAAGAAGUGCCUUGACCGCUACGUCUGGCACGUCGCGGAGGGCUCAUUCAUCACGGAAGGCUCGGGUCCACUCCUAUCGGCCUGCGAGGCUCUUUUUCAGUGCUCCUUUGCCCUCUACGUGCUGUGCACGCGCUAUCGCCUGACGUCGUGGGCUGUGGAUGGAGCGCACAUACCUGUUGAGGUCGCCGCCGCACUGAAGGCGUUGGAGACACGCGUGCAUCAAGAUGUUGUAGCGGCCUUCACUGGCCACCUGUCAGGUUCCGCGACACGCGCCACUGAGCGUGCGCUGUGGGCGCGGCUUGACUUUAACCGAUUUCUCUCCAUGGGGCUGAAUGAGAGGGCAGCGACGGAGUUCCCACAGCCUAUGGCGACAAAGACGCGGUCAAGAGUAAAUUCGGUAGUAGUGGUGCAUGAGGCGGCGACUCUGUCUCGUCGGCGUUCCGACGUGCAGCCUCGCCCCGUCACAGCACUGCCGAGGUCUACUCACAAGUGA